CAGCACUUUAGUCUGUUAGUCUGUCUAGUGUCUACUGAGCGACUGCUCUAGAGAUGAAGUUCACUAUAGUGAUCCUGUGCUUCAUUUUCGGAAUAUUUGAGAAUGUAUACUCAGAUCCGGAUGCAGACCGACCGAAAGGUCUAGAGGUCGCAGACUCAAAGGCAGAUAGCGGUCUUGAUGAGCGAGCUGGUUUGGGACAAAGACCUGGGAAGUCCUUGGUCAGACCGAACCCAUUAAACAUGGUGGUCUGCUACGCCUGUACCAAUUGCGAUGAGGUCAACAAGGACACCUCCGACAAGCUAUGUCCCUACACCCCUGAUACCCGCAAGCAAGGAAAAUGUGUGAAAUACGUGGAGAGAUUUGGGCCGCAAGCGCACCAGCUCAUAACCGUCCGAGGCUGCAUGUCUGACAGGGGCACAUGUGAGGAAAUAAAGAAGGCACACGAGAACUCCGGGAAAUACGUCCAACUGGUCAGCUGCAACGAAUGUGACGGAGACAAGUGCAACGGAGCACCCAAGUCCAUGGUAGACCUGACAGUAGCCUUUAUAACGGUGGCCGUGCUACCGUUGCUAGGGAAGUGUACUCUAUCGUAGAGACUUAAAAAGUUGUUUUUUUUUCGAACAAACUAAAUAAUUGGCAAUAAAAUAAGUCCUGGCUUCGUAGAUAUUUUAGGCAGGUUAUAAUAUAUUAAUUGAUGGAAAAUCAAGAGAGAUUUUAGUUUCAUUUUUGGAAAAAUGUAGAGCCAAAUAAUAUAAUGCAAUUAGCACAAUUUUUCUUCUUUUACAAAAAAAAAAACAGGGCCUGUUCUAAAUAUGAAACCAACACUAUUUAGGUAAAAUUACACUUAAAAUUUUCUAAUUUAAGUUUAUCUUUAUAACCUCUACCUG